AUGGACACUACCGACGGCGGCUGGCUGGUCAUCCAGAGACGUCGCGACUUCACAGUUGACUUCAACCGGAGCUGGACAGAAUAUAAAAACGGUUUUGGUAACAUCUCUGGAGAUUACUGGCUGGGCCUAGACGCGAUUGGCAAACUGAUGAAUCAUAGUUAUUCGCGCUUGAGAGUGGACCUCGUAGCUGACCCAGGAAGAAAGUACUGGGCUGAGUACGGUGAAUUCUUUUUUAGCGCAAUAUUCUAUGGUGACAGUCCUAUUAGAGGCUACGGACUUCACGUGUCCGGCUACUCGGGUGACGCAGGAAAUGGGUUGACACCUAGUUACCAGCGCGACUUUAUAACCUAUGACCGCAACCUGAACGGCUGUUUCUCAUCUAGAAAGGGCGCCUGGUGGUACCCGUAUGACUGUUCCACCACCACUAACCUCUUCACCCCUGAUAAAAAUGACAUGACUUGGGGUGACAUCGGCCGCGUGACGUUCUCGGAGAUGAAGAUAAAGUCAGAAUGGUACUAA